CCAGUCCACACCAGCACCCACAGCCCAUGGAGCCCCAGCCGCUCCUCCUGCUCCUCGGGCUCUGCUCAGCUGGCCUCGUCCUGGGCUCCGAACAUGAGACCCGCCUGGUGGCCAAGCUCUUUGAAGAUUACAACAGCGUGGUGCGGCCAGUAGAAGACCACCGCCAGGCUGUGGAGGUCACUGUGGGCCUACAGCUGAUCCAGCUCAUCAACGUGGAUGAAGUAAAUCAGAUUGUGACAACCAACGUGCGACUGAAACAGCAAUGGGUGGAUUACAAUCUGAAAUGGAAUCCAGACGACUAUGGCGGCGUGAAAAAAAUCCACAUUCCCUCGGAAAAGAUCUGGCGCCCAGACCUCGUUCUCUAUAACAAUGCAGACGGCGACUUUGCCAUUGUCAAGUUCACCAAAGUGCUCCUGGACUACACUGGCCACAUCACAUGGACACCCCCGGCCAUCUUCAAAAGCUACUGUGAGAUCAUCGUCACCCACUUUCCCUUUGACGAACAGAACUGCAGCAUGAAGCUGGGCACCUGGACCUACGACGGCUCGGUGGUGGCCAUCAACCCGGAAAGCGACCAACCAGACCUAAGCAACUUCAUGGAAAGUGGAGAGUGGGUGAUCAAGGAGUCCCGGGGCUGGAAGCACUGGGUGUUCUACGCCUGCUGCCCCUCCACCCCCUACCUGGACAUCACCUACCACUUUGUCAUGCAGCGCCUGCCCCUCUACUUCAUCGUCAACGUCAUCAUUCCCUGCCUGCUCUUUUCCUUCUUAACUGGCCUGGUGUUCUACCUGCCCACAGACUCAGGAGAGAAGAUGACUCUGAGCAUCUCGGUCCUGCUGUCCUUAACCGUGUUCCUCCUGGUCAUCGUGGAGCUGAUCCCCUCCACCUCCAGUGCUGUGCCCUUGAUUGGGAAAUACAUGCUGUUCACCAUGGUGUUUGUCAUCGCGUCCAUCAUCAUCACCGUCAUUGUCAUCAACACACACCACCGCUCCCCCAGCACCCACGUCAUGCCCGACUGGGUACGCAAGGUUUUUAUCGACACUAUCCCAAAUAUCAUGUUCUUCUCCACAAUGAAAAGACCCUCUAGAGAAAAACAAGACAAAAAGAUUUUUACAGAAGACAUUGAUAUUUCUGACAUUUCUGGGAAGCCAGGGCCUCCACCCAUGGGUUUCCACUCUCCGCUGAUCAAACACCCAGAGGUAAAAAGUGCCAUCGAAGGAGUCAAAUACAUUGCAGAGACCAUGAAGUCAGACCAGGAGUCCAAUAACGCGGCUGAGGAAUGGAAGUAUGUUGCGAUGGUAAUGGACCACAUUCUCCUCGGAGUCUUCAUGCUCGUCUGUAUCAUUGGAACCCUGGCUGUGUUUGCGGGUCGGCUCAUUGAAUUAAAUCAGCAAGGGUGAGCUGAGCUGAGCACCAGGCAGAGCAGAGAAUGGUGGGGAAGACAGAAAUAUCUGUCUACUUUGAUUCGAGCUCAUUUAUCAGACCUCUAACUUUCUGUAUUUAUGAUUAAUGCUACUGAUCUAUAUUUAUGUAAGGUGACAACCUCCAGCACCUUCACAGCGCUUCUCCUGCGGUCCUGCUCUAUCUU